UCCGAACAUCGCACGCUUGACGUCUUUAUAUCUUGUGAGAUCAAGUCAAACUAGACUAUUUCUCUGAUGAACUGAACGCAGCUGUGUAAGAAGAAAUACAGCAGCAGUUGAUGUCACGAUGUCUAAACUUUCUUCCUCAUUGAAAGCGCUCAUUGCAGCUCCGUAUGCACGACCCAACACAACUCCCGCAUCACCUCAUGUCCGGAGUAUAUAUGAAGCUUUGAGAACAGAAGCAAAAGGGAAGAAUGUCGGAGUACCAGCUUGGCUCAGCUUAUCUACAGCAGCAACAAUGACGAUGAACUCCCCUGAAGGAUUGACUCAAUUAUACGAGCUAGUGACAGACAAAUCAAAAGACAAGAACCAAAGUGUACAAACAGCAGAAUUGAUGAGAGAAGUGGGAUUAAAAUGUAUUGGUUUCAACGGUGUCCCACGAACGAUCAACUGCCUAGGUGCCUUCCGCUCUAGCCUCCCCUCAGAAAUAGUUUCCUCCCUCUCUACAACGCCCAGUCGAACCUCUUCACCGCAAAACAUAAACGCGACACUUUCUCGAGGCUCUUCGCUCUGGACAUCCAUAUACCGACCCUUCGAUUCGAAACUGUUUUCGAAACUCGCAGACUCGCAUCCAGAUUUACCAGUUUUCAUCGUGAACCACGAAUAUGGUGCCUUGUUUUCUGAUCCGCCUGAACUGAAUAGGGGAAAGGUGGGUAGGGUGUUAACGAGUGUGAUCGCUGUGGCUUGUUUGAGGGCCCAGACGGGUGUCGGACCUCAAGUUACGAGUCAUGUUUUUGGAUUGAGGAAGGCUUUUGAGGACGGGAGUGCAAACGCAGAAGGUGAAGAGGUCGUUGAAGGUGGUGAGUGGUUAGCGGGAGAGGAGGGCAAUGCCUGGUUGUUGCAGGCUGUUGAUAGGAUUGUUGAAGCGAUUGGGGAAGGGAAGGGAAGUACUUUUGCGCCCGGCAUGGAGAGAAUCAAGUCCAAGUUGUGAAUAUAGAGUUGAUGUAGAUGAUUUAGAGAUAGCAAAACAUAUGAAAUUUUGUAGAUAGAUAUGUACAAUAUAUAUAACAUGACA